ACCUUGGUGCCCUAGGCAUAUGAAAAAAUGUUAAACAUGGCCAUGGUAUUGACUGAGGCUGAAUGCACAAUGCACGUGGUACCGUGAUAGGUCGCCACCUAUGCAAUAAGUCCAUCUGUGAAAUUUCCAUGCUAAUAAAUAUUCCACGGUCAACUGUUAGUGGUACUAUAACAAAGUGGAAGCAACUGGGAACAACAGCAACUCAGCCACGAAGUGUUAGGCCACAUAAAAUGACAGAGCAGGGUCAGCGCAUGCUGAAGUGCACAGUGUGCAGAGGUCGCCAACUUCAUGUGGCAUUUAGAUUAGCACAACAACAGUGCCUAGAGAGCUUCAUGGAAUGAAAAAAAAGUGCAUUGCAAAGUGUUGAAUGCAGUGGUGUAAAGCACACUGCCACUGAACUCUAGAGCAUGACUAAUCAUGCUUCUCUGUCUGGCAAUCUGAUGGAUGUGUCUGGGUUUGGCAGUUGCCAUGAGAAUGGUACUUGCCUGACUGCAUUGUGCCAAGUCCAAAGUUU